AUGGUGAUUGCAGCAGCGACCUUGGGCUUCAGUGUCUCUAGCGGAGCGACCGAUGUCUCACAUCUGUACUUGAAAAAAAGCUUUCCGCGGGCUGUGCGCGACUGUAUGCAGUAUUUGCAAGUGCCACCAUCACGGUGCGAACAGUACUUGGCACUAAACUUCCCGAACGACCCGCAAACGAUGUGUCUCGUGCGCUGCGUCGGAUUGAACCUGCGCUGGUGGAACGACACCACUGGAGUCCACACAUCCGUGAUCGCCAACUUCUUCCGACCGGAUCCUUCCGAUGUGCAGUACGAACGAGCAACGCAGCAGUGUGUGGACCGCCGACUGAACCCGACGACUGCUAAUCCUUCGCUGCAGGACUGCUGUUGUCGGGCGUACAACACCUUUGUGUGCUAUCUGGAAAACUACGGAACUCUGGUCUACAGUCCCCAGUACUAUCCCGAGGAUCGCUCCCGACAGGUGCAGAUCGCGUACGAUUGCAUCAAUAUGCUGCAGGUACCGAAAACCGUGCUGCAGCAAUUCACCGAGGUUGGAUUCCCCGAAGUACCCGAGACACUGUGUCUCGGUCGGUGUUUCUUCCUUCGUCUUGGACUAUAUGAUGAAGUGCGAGGCUUUAAUCUGCGUCGAAUGUACACUCGUGACUACGUGACUCCCAACAAGCGGUACCUGUCGAAGGAAACCUACGAUAAGCUGUGCGCCAUACGUCGGACCAGCCCUGAUCAGUGCACGGAGGUGGACCGCGCGUAUCACGAA